AUGCAUAAAGAAUCCUCAAAGUCAUGCGUGAUGGAAAGGUUCUGUUUCGUAAGAAAGCUCGACAGAGGCACACAUGGCACGGCAUACCUGCUCAGCUCAACAGAUGGCACAAAUCAGAUGCUUGUGUGCAAGUCAGUGUCAGCAGCAUGCAAAGGAUAUGCAGAGCAAGAAAUAAAAAUGCUGGCCAUGCUCUCGCACAUCAGAAUAACAAGGCUCAUCGAGUCAUUCUCAACACAUUCGGGCGUUUCAAUCAUCCUGGAAUACCUCAACCACGGCACUCUUGCAGAGACAAUCAGCUACCUGCUUAGCAGACGGCACAAAGCCACAAGCUAUCUACUAUGGUCUGUAAUGUCACAAAUAGCUGAUGCAUUGCUAUAUCUGCACCACAUGCAAGUUGCACACAGAGACAUUAAGCCUUCAAACAUAUUCGUCAACAUGAUUCCGAUUGGCAGCCAACGAGUGCUUGAAUUCAAGCUUGGCGACUUUGGCCUUGCAAAGAUGUGUGAGCACAUCUCAUCUGGCGAAGUGGUCGGAACCCCGUACUACAUGGCGCCAGAGGUCAUCUCUGGAGAAGUAUACAGCAACAGUGUUGAUGUUUGGGGACUAGGCGUUUCACUGUAUGAGUUAUCUGUACUAGGCAAGCCGUUCCAUGGCAAUUCCAAAGACGAGCUGUACAAGUCAAUCCUACGGGCGAAGCUCCAGCCAAGUAGCAUAUGCUGUGACAAAAAUCUUGAGACUCUCAUUAGAAAAUGCCUCAUGAAAACUAACAGAAUAUCGAUACAAACACUUUGCAGAAACAAAAACCUGAGGUUGCAUCUCCAGAAACUCGACUCUGAACUUCAUACCAGCCACGAAUGUGUAUAA